AACCCCCACUCUCCCCCGACGCCUGCUGCAAAGGCCAGCACAAGAACCACGCGACACCGGCCGGCGCACGGGGCCCCGGCUUCCGUCCGCCUCCACCCUCUCCUCUCCUGACCGCGGGGCACUGCUCAGCGUGGACGCGAGCGGGGAGGGCAAUGCCGAUCGCGCUGGAGAGCGGCGCCCUGUUCGGCCGCGGGGUGCCGGCGGCGUGCGCCGGCUCCUCUUCGGCUGGGCGGGGCAGCAGCAGCCAGGCGGAGGCGGUGCACCUCGAGGAGUCGGAGGAGAGCGAGGGGGAGGUGCAGAGCUCGCUCAGAGGCCCCUUCGACACCAUGGACGCGCUCCAGGAAGCCCUGCCCCGCAGGAGAGAGACGUCCAAAAUCGACAAUACCAAGUCCAGUUCUUUGGCAAGUGCUGGGGAUGUUGUUCUCUUACCUCAAUCUUCAAAAGGCCUUGCUAAUCCUGAAAACCCAUCUCCUAAGAAGCGCAAGGGUCCUCUUCCAUUCGGCAUCGACCAGAAUGAGUCGCAGAGCAAAGAGCUGAGCUUUGUUGGGGAUAUGAACAACAGCCCAACGAACUGCAGGAUGCCAUCGUCUCCAGCUGCUACAAGCAGUUCUCCAUGCAAGAGCAGGAGCGAAGAUGAGCAUGAGUGCUGUAACGACAUGCCUUGCCAUAACCUGCAGAGAGAAUUCAGUGACAUGAUUGUCUUUUCUUCUCCACCUCUUGGCCUUCAAACUCAACUCAUCGCAGUUUCAACGGUUGGUCAGCAAGACGUGGGGGCGUCGACUGAUGUGGUUUCUCCCAGGGAAAAGCGCAGGAAGAAUUAGCAACAGGGCGUGUCGGUAUUUUCAUCGGUCAACCACCGGUGUCCAUUUUAGACUGCGGAAUCUAGUGGCUAGUCGGUACCCAUAUUCAGUACAAUGCUUUGACUAUGUUCAGUGGUGGUUUUGUAUAGUGCUAGCCUGCUGGUAUUCUUACUUUUGAUACAUAUAAUUAUAGAAAUUAUUAUGGAAUUGAGAAAGUGACGCUUUAUCUUA